GUUGGAAGCUUUUUUUUCACGGCAGACGAAGAAUGGAGAGACUCGCUAACGGCUGUUAGCGUGAAACCCCAUCAACACGGAGAGCGCAGCGAAGCUCUCAUGAACCCCCCCCCCGGCGCCCGGGGAAACUGGACCUGAGCCGAAACGCGAGCGGGACCCUGGCCGUGUGGACUCGUCGUCGCCAGUGAAGGUCUCCACCUUCCUUAUGUGACAAAUGUUGAGGCCCAGCAACUGAUCCAGGUGACGGGGUGAGGUUGGGGAGGCCUGCGGGGGAGCUGCUCCAGCGUCCGGCCCAUGACAGUGACCGUGCCAUCCAGGUGCCACCAGUAAGCAGGGCUGUGGCUGCUGCGGUGGGCCCGGCCCAGGAGGCCUUUCUGUGCAUCACCCGAGGCUCCCGCUGACCAGCGCCGCACGCGCGCGCCAUGGAUCAACAAAGAGAGAAAUAUGGCGAGCGGCCGGCUAGAGGCACCAAAGUUUCCCAGGGAAGCCGGAGCGGACACUCGACCCGGCCGUCGGGCUCCUCCAGCACCUCCGGCGUUCUCAUGGUGGGGCCUAAUUUUCGCGUGGGGAAGAAGAUCGGUUGUGGAAACUUCGGUGAACUGAAGCUCGGUAAGAAUCUCUACACCAACGAGUACGUCGCCAUUAAACUGGAACCAGUGAAGUCGAGGGCCCCACAGCUACACUUGGAAUACCGGUUCUACAAAAGUCUUGGGACCACAGCGGAGGGCGUGCCGCAGGUGUUUUACUUCGGGCCCUGCGGCAAGUACAACGCCAUGGUUAUGGAGCUGCUGGGGCCCAGUCUAGAAGACCUCUUUGACCUUUGUGACCGGACCUUCUCACUGAAGACUGUCUUGAUGAUUGCAAUUCAGCUGAUUUCUCGAAUGGAGUACGUGCACUCUAAAAACCUCAUCUACAGGGAUGUCAAGCCUGAAAACUUUCUCAUCGGAAGGCAAGGGAAUAAAAAGGAGCACAUCAUCCACAUCAUCGACUUUGGCCUGGCCAAAGAGUACAUCGACCCCGAGACCAAAAAACACAUUCCAUACCGGGAGCAUAAGAGCCUGACCGGUACUGCCAGAUACAUGUCAAUCAAUACACACUUAGGCAAAGAGCAGAGCCGACGAGACGACCUGGAGGCUUUAGGGCACAUGUUCAUGUAUUUUCUGCGUGGGAGUUUACCUUGGCAGGGAUUAAAGGCUGACACACUGAAGGAAAGAUACCAGAAGAUUGGAGAUACAAAACGAAACACCCCCAUCGAGGUGCUCUGUGAGAACUUCCCAGAGGAAAUGGCCACCUACUUGCGGUAUGUGAGGCGGCUAGACUUCUUUGAAAAGCCCGACUACGAAUAUCUGAGGACUCUGUUUACCGAGCUGUUUGAGAGAAAAGGCUACACCUUUGACUACACUUACGACUGGGUUGGAAGGCAGAUACCCACGCCAGUGGGAUCUGUGCACAUAGACUCUGGUGCUGCUGCAGGCACAAGAGAGAGCCAUCCUCACAGAGACCGACCCUCACAGCACCCUCCUGUUCGAAAUCAGACGGCCGUCUCAGACCGACGAGGAGCGUGGGAGGUGCAGCCCACGCGGCAAGCAAACCCUUCCUAUCUGACCUCCCACCUGGCAGCGGACAGGCACGGGGGCUCAGUACAGGUGGUCAGUUCAACCAACGGCGAGCUGAAUGCAGAUGAUCCACUGGCUCACUCCAACGCUCCAAUAACAACUCAGGCAGAGGUGGAAGUGGUCGACGAGCCCAACUGCGUGAAAAUGCUCAACCUGUGGUGCUGCUGCUUCUUCAGGCGAAAACGGAAGAAGAACACGCCGAGGCACAAAUGAUGAGCCGGGACCAGCCUGCGACGUUCGUCCGCUGCAGUUCGAUUGUGAUUUCAGAAACCUGGACGGUCCCACUCUGACGUAAAGAGGGGGGGUCAAUGGAAAGAUUCUGAUUGAGUUGUUUUGGGCCCGGACCGCUUGAGAAGACCUGGUUUAUGGAGAUGUACAGGAAAUAAGUCUUAUGAUGGGAGUUUUUAAACACCCCGUCCCCCUUAACUUAUAUGGGAUAUUUUACAGGUCAGACGGCCCAAGGUUUUUUUUUUUCUCUUCGUGACAACCAAAUUGUUUUUCUUCCUGUCAUCAUUGUUGCCAUACUUUUUGCUCCAGUCUCUCGUUUUUUUGUCGGUGUCUUGUAAAGGAAGAGACGGGUCUUCCUGUGGAAUCUUGCCGCCAUCAGCCCGUCAGGUCCCACCGCUUCUGCUCGACUCGCGACGCCGUUCACUCCUCAGAUCGUCUCGCCGCGUCCCUCCGUGAUUCACUCACUCACUCUCAUUUUCAGUGUUUUUUGGUUUUUUUUUUGGAUGAUUUCUGGUGCAGGACUGACAGCUGAGAACACGAGGAGGGGAAGAGCAUUGGCCAAAAGAGCAGUGCUGGGGUAAAGACGCCGGCGGAGCUCAGCUCCAGCAGGAUGUCCUGUCUGCUCCCGCUGCUCUGUUCAAGCACUCCCCGUCUACGUCAGAAUACACUACAGUCUCUUUUUACUGUCCGCGACGUUGAGCAGAGACCUGAUGGAGGCUUGAAGGAGAAAAAAAUGCUAUUUAUUACUCCGUUGCUACUACUUUUCCUACUAAUUCUUACACACUGCAUACACACUGAAUGUAUCAACAGAUAAGUAAAUGACUGGAGCAUUUAUCUUAGCUCUCCAGUGCAUGGGAAGGAAAUUAGGUGUUGGGGUCGGGGGGGAAGGAAAAACUGAAACCAAAACGGGCCAUGGGUCCAGAUUAGGAAGGUUUCUGUGGACUCUGCGACCUCCAGUAGACAUCAGGAUCAUGGAAGGACAGAAGAGUUGCUCUGGAGAGUCACCGCCUCUAAAACCGCUCUGUUCAAUGCCUUAACCUCCAUCCACCAAGCCGGCUGAGCGCCGCGUCGUUUUUUUUUUCCACAUGGAUAGUCAGUUAACAGCAUGGUUGCGAGACUUUACAGAUAAUUAAACCCAAAGCAGAGACCUUUUUGCAGCCAUCAAGGCCGGUCACGGCUCGUCUUAUUAACACUGAAACGUAUUCCCAUGACAGAAAAGCCAAAACCGAAGGCGUGAUGAUGGGUGAUCUGCUAUAUGUGAAGACCCCCCCCACACACACACACACACACACACACACACACACACACGGCCCCUGUGCUGCAUAGAGACGUCUGGACGUGGGGCUCACCGCUGAACCCCGCUCCCUCUCCUCCGCGGCUGAGACGGACAGAAAGUCGGCGGCGGUGCCACUGAGGCUCGGAGGAAUGCCUUGAAACAAAAUCUCACCUUGCCUAUCAUAACGGAGAAAUGACUUUCUAUGUUUGUGCGUUUUUUUGUUUUUUCUUUCUAUGCUAAUGUGAAUUUUGUCUAAUGCAAUUUUUCUUUUGUUUUCAUUCCAGUUAGCCAUGGUUUUUCUAGGGAAAGAGGGUAAACGUAACAAAGCUUGAUUAUCACUGCACUACAUUUGUUGACCGCAGCUUUCCCAGAAAAGAGCCUGCCUUCUUAAAAAGAAAAACGGUCCACUUUGAACGUGCUUAUUACUUUAAUUGUAGCCGCCUCGUGUGCUGGGGUUUCCCUGCGGGGUGCAGGGAAUUUCUCAUUAUUGGCUUUGUUCUUACCUCCACCCACUCCUGUAUGUAUUUUAUUUAAAAAAAAUUUUUGUGGUGCCAUGACCACCCUCCCCUGCACACAGGCGCGUGUCGGCGCAGGGUGAAGCAGCAAUCAGCAGAGCGUUUCUCGGACCUGCUCCGUUGGGUUGUUGUAGAUGAGCGGUAUGUAAACCUGCUUCUUAGAUGCAUUUACACUGUAUAGCCUGCUUUGGUUUUUACUUUCCCCUCCCCGACGCGUCGCUUUCUCCUGGGCCUAAGUUAUUGUCUUAAAAAGUACUUGAACUCUUCUGUUUGCUUUUUUGUGUUUGCCUCCUUUUGUUCGCGGUAACUCCACGUUAAGGGAUGGGGAUUGCAGGAGACAGAGCUGUUUGAAUGACCAACGUUCAUUUGUUUCAGGCGUUUGGAGGUCAGAGUCGCCUCUUUGCCUCUGUGAGACGAUCAUUAGGGCGCACCUCCGUCUGGUGUCAGCUGAGGCCGGAUCAGGCACCGAAGCCGUGAUCCGGCCGUGGAUCGGCUUCAGCGGCGGCUCCUGCUUCCCGAGCUAAAAUGUUUGUUUUUUUUUCUGCUUGGGGAGAUGGAUUUAUCCAUCCUUCUCUGCGCCCAGCCCAGACUUCCCUGAGUGCCAUUCCCCAGACCGGCGACUACCAGCCCACGCCUUUUUUUACCUGUGCCAGGAAAAUGUCGCGACGAAUGUUUUCGUUUCUCACUCCACCCUGUGUCCUUGAAUGUGUCGCCUAUCGUUUUUGCAGAGCAGCGCGGCUCGGUGCCAUACCAGGCAGUGUUUAACGACUCGUUCUGUCUUAAAUCCAAAAAAACAAAAACAAAAUAAAAAGGAAGCAGACCCACCGCUUUGUGGAGCAAGCUCAUCGUCUCCCAGCCGAGUUCGUGACGGAUCUUCACAGCAUCUGCUGUUUCACCUCUAGUUCUUCAGCUUCUGGCUCAGCUGGUAGGUGUAGAGUCCUCAGUAUUUCAACUGGGUCUCCUCCAGAGCGAUUAUAGGAGUUUUGUUCUGUAUCUGCAUGGCUUGCAGAGAGAAGGCCGCGCCGUCUCGUCUACGGCGUUCCGACCCUUGGAUCAGUGAGGCGAUGCAGCUUUUCCUCCCCGCGUUAAAACCAACUUUUCCUGUCCUCGCAGCACAUUCCACUUGUGUUCUGACUGUUGGCGUCAGUCAGGGUUUAUGGCUUUUCUGUGUGUGUGUGUGUGUGUGUUUGUGUACGUGCGUAAAUCAAAGCAAACGAGCGCAUGAAUGAUCAGCUUUGGUCUUUUUGGGUUCUCUGGCACUUUUUCCCGCCCCUCGUUGCUGUACUGUAGGGUUGUUUGAUUUACUGUACAUUUUUCUUUAAGGGAGAGGUGACAUUUACUGCAAUAUCGUGCUGAUUAUUUGAACUGUAAAUUGUACAGAGUUCGCAAUUGUAGUCUUUGUUUGGAAUUUCUAUUAAAGUGUUCUCUGAUUAUUAUUUUUUUUUUCUCAAACUGUGGAAAAUCAAAAUGUACAGCUCCAAGAAUCUAUCCUUCCCUCUGCAUUUUUUUUUAAAGAGCUGUGAUUAAGAGAAAUCCUUAAUCUGUAAAUAAAUAUUGUGUUGAAAUAUGAAUGUCACUUCAAAAAUGUAUUUGAAUGAGUUAGUCAAGGGCUUCAGGUAUGAAGGACCCACAUUUCUUCUUUUAAUGAUUUCAUAUAUUUAAGUUGCAGAAUGUUAAAUGGCCUUUUUAUCUGAGAUGACUGUUUUUGUUUUGUUUUUUUUUUCUUUUUCUUGGAUUCAUGAAAUAUGAAAUGGUGUCUCACAAACCUAAAAAUCACUUUUUAUUCCCUCCAUGCCUAAAGGGGAAACUCCAAUUUGCACCCUUUUUAUGUAAAAAAAAAUAAAAUAAAAGAUCUGUCCACCUUU